GGCAUCCAAGUGGCCCAGAUUGAGCUCUCCUGCUGCUGGUGUCCCACGGUACAGCCCUCAGACUGGCGUCCCCUUAGCUGCAGAAAGGGAACAAGGUGGUCAGGGUAGUCACGGGCACGGUAAGCAGUUGUCAUGAAUGAUACAGGCCAAAGAAACCACCACUGUGACAGUGACAGUGGCUCCUGCUUCAAUGCAUACAGACUGCGGAAGCAGGAGAGUUUAAGGAACAUGUCUUAACCCCUUAGCCAGGAGAUUGUCACGUUUUGCAGGACUUCCCCCAGAGACCCCAGCACCAGACCAGGGGAGAGCCCUUGGACCUUCUUGUGCCGGGGGAAGCUGGGAAGAACUUUGAGAGUCAUGUAACAAGUGUCACAGCACCUCAGGGGUACGGAGGAGCUAGGCCAUAAGGUACCCAGCCUGGCCUUCCUGGUGGACUUGGGAAGUUCGUUUGAUUACACGUCACUUUCAGCUUGCGCAAGGGCUCAGUAGCCUCUGGCCAGCAGUGGGAGAGGAGUCACUUUCCAAGCCCUUCCUGGGCCUCCUUGUCUAUCAAGCUGACAGUGCUGGACUCCGGUCCCCAGCUCUCCUCCAUGCUGGCUGGCAGACGAGAGGGUCAGGCUGGCGCUGGCCGCGUGGGGCCCAGGAGGCCUGGGUCUUCACACCAGGGAGUCGGGCCCCAGGUGGCGCCAGGGAAGGACCUGGAGAAACGAGGCCGGGCCUCAGCUGGUGUCCCAGCCAGACUCAGGAGCGGAAUGGGGAAGUGCUGGUGCCAGAGCAGAAGGCAUAGCCGAGUUGAGGGUGUAAGCAGGCCAGGCACAGGAGGGACCCGCAGGACUACAUGAGCACGGCACUUUGGUGUCUGCGAGAGGCUGGGGCGUGAUCGUGUAAGGCAGAACGAUCCUCCACUGGUGCCAACCAAUCAGCAGAACCCUCGCCUUCCUCUGGGCCACUACCUCCACGCGGGGCAAGGUCGCAGCAUCUGCGUCGGAAAUCACGGGGAAUUCUUCCUGCUGGCUCAGCUGGGAGGCCGAGGAGUGUUUUGCAAAAAAACUGUUUAUCUGAAUUCUGAAAUAACAGUGGAGACGGCUGCUCUCUUAAGCUCUCCGACCCGGGUCACACAUAGGGUUCCAGAUGAAGCCCGAGUCGGGGCAGGCCCUCUUGCACGUGGCCCUGGUCAGCUGCCUCUGCGCGGCCACCGUCCACACCGGCGUUUUCGCAGGUGUCUCUGUCGCAGUGGGCUAUGAGCACUACGCCGAAGCGCCGGUCGCCAGCCUCCCUGCCUUCCUGGCCAUGCCCUUCAACUCGCUCGUUAACGUGGCCUACGUGCUCCUGGGGAUGUACUGGCUGCAGAGCAAGGCCAGCGCCCCGGGAGGCCCCACAGAAGCAUGGAAGGCUUGCUACAUGAAGGACGUCUUUGCGGGCAUGGCCCUGGUCUACGGCCCGGUUCAGUGGCUGCGCAUCACGAUGCAGACGCGCCCCACCGCCGUGUUGGACCAGUGGCUCACCUUGCCCAUCUUUGCAUGGCCGGUGGCCUGGUGCCUCUGCCUGGACAGGGGCUGGAAGCCCUGGCUGUUCCUGGCUGUCGAGGGCCUCUCCCUGUGCAGUUACAGCCUGGCCCUGCUGCACCCCUGUGGGUUUGAGGUGGCACUGGGUGUACACAUCGCAGCAGCUGUGGGGCAGGCCCUGUGCACUCAGGGCCGCCACGGCAGCGCUUCCUCGGGGAAGUACUUGGCUCUGGGCGUGCUCUGCUGCCUGGGUUUUGUGCUCCUCAAGCUGUGUGAUCACGAGCUCUCGCAGUGGCGUCUCUUCCAGCGGCUCACGGGCCACUUCUGGUCCAAAGUCUGCGAUGUGCUCCAGUUCCACUUUGCCUUCUUGUUCAUGACCAACUUAAACACCUGCCGAAGAUGCCCUCCUGCGGAGAAGAUGCGUUAAAGUGUGGAAGGAAGGUGCUUACCCAUCCUAACGUCAAAAUGCGCCCUCCGCUGGCAUCCUGUCAUCAGUGUUCAGAGUCCUGGGUGCAGCAAGAUAGGAUGAUGACAGAAGACUGCCCCUUCCUUCAAACGUAUGGGCUUCAAUACUCUGAGGAUGAGUAUUCAACAUUAUGCGACGUCAUGCUGUCUGCGACUUACUUUCAAAGGGUUAAAGCAAACAUCUAAGGGCCGGGAUGCGGGGCUCCAGUUCACUAUUCUUGUAAUUUUUCUGUAGUUUGAAAUUUUUCAAAAUAAAAUGUUGGGGGGAAAUGACCCCAAGAAAUCCAUCAGA